AUGCUGGGUGCUUUCCUUAUUCCCUACAUUCUGAUGCUGGCAGUCGCUGGGAUGCCAAUGUUUUUCUUGGAAACUUCCUUUGGGCAGUUUGCCAGCCUUGGACCGGAUGCAGUGUGGAAAGCUGUGCCCAUGUUACAGGGUUUGGGCAUAAAUACCAUUGUAUUUGCAGCAUUUGACAACAUUUCAUAUACCUGCAUCCUCGCCUACAGUCUGUACUAUCUGUUUGCAUCCUUCCAAUCACCAUUGCCGUGGGCAGAUUGCUUCAGUUGGUGGGGAGUAGAUGAAACAUGCAGCAGGAUUCCCAAAGAUCCAAUCUGCAAUUUCUCUCUGGACAAUGGAUAUUUUGAAAUUGUUAAUAUAACAUGGCUGCAGACAAACAAUGAAACUUGUCGAAAUGGAUCAGAAAUCUCCAUUCCUCACCAGGGUCCGAGUGAGCAAUACUGGGAUAAAGCAGUUUUACACCGUACAAGUUCAUUGGAUGAGACUGGGGAGAUAGUCUGGCAUUUAGCCCUCUGUCUGCUUCUAGCCUGGCUGAUGGUUGGGGCAGCAUUUUUGAAAGGAAUCAAAUCUUCAGGAAAGGUUGUUUAUUUCACUGCAAUUAUCCCGUAUGUGGUUCUGACCAUACUCCUGAUCCGAGGGGUUACCCUGGAGGGAGCCUCUAAAGGAAUUGAAUUCUACAUCGGAAGCCAGUCAGACUUCUCCAAACUGGCUGAUGCUCAGGUCUGGAAAGAUGCUGCAACACAAAUUUUCUACUCGACAUCAGUGGGUUGGGGCAGUUUAAUCACAUUGUCAUCCUACAACAAAUUCCACAACAACUGUUACCAAGAUACCAUCGUUGUCUGUGUUGUUAAUUGUGCUACGAGUGUGUUUGCGGGAUUUAUCAUCUUCUCCACUCUUGGACACAUGGCUCAUGUGCAAAACAAGCCCAUUUCAGAGGUUGCACAGUCAGGGUUUGGUUUGGCCUUUAUUGCCUACCCAGAGGCCCUUGCACAGUUGCCAUGGGCAACUUUAUGGUCCAUUUUAUUUUUCUUCAUGCUGUUCACUUUGGGACUUGACACACUUUUUGCAAGUUUUGAAACAGUAAUAACAAGCCUGCUGGACCAGUUUCCUGAGUUCCUUCGGCCAAAGCGUCUUUAUCUGACAGCUGGUCUUUGUUUGUUAUUUUAUUUCCUUGGCCUUCUGUUUGUAACACAGACUGGGAUUUAUUGGUUACAUUUAAUGGAUUAUUUCUGCACUGGAUGGAUUCUCAUUACAGUUGCUCUGUUGGAACUCAUUGGUCUCAGCUGGAUCUAUGGGACAAACAGAUUCAUCAAGGACAUUGAGAUGAUGAUUGGGGAAAGGAAUUGGCUCUUCUGGCUCUGGUGGAGAGCCUGUUGGAUUCUGAUCUCUCCAUGCAUUUUAACCGCAAUCUUAGUCUGGUCCUUAACAACAUUUGCCCCUCCAACAUAUGGACCAAUUGAAUACCCUGUCUGGUCAAUAGCGCUGGGCUGGUGUAUGAUCAUCUUCUGUAUUAUGUGGGUACCCAUCAUGGCCGUGGUGAGAGUUGUCCAAGCUGAGGGCGCCACCUUGUGGCAGAAAAUUUCUGCUGCAUGUACAUCAGCUCCUGAAUGGGGCCCACACCUGGAACAACACAGAGGGGAAAGAUACAGGAAGAAGCCUGACUCUACAGAAGCUCUGAAUCAUGUGCAACGUCUUGUCACUCCUGAGAUUUGAGGAAUUUUGAGAAAAUGUUUUGUUCACUUGGCCAAAAAAGACCCUGAUAAUUGCUUUUUCUUGUUUAAACCCUCUGUAAUUGCAAUGGGAGUUUUUCAGAACUGUUUUCAGCUCCACCAAGAGCCAGGGAUCACCUUGGUUAAAGUUUUCUUUGAGCCUUUUCGCCUCUUAAGCAGUUCCUUCAGGUUGAGGAUGGUAAGGUUGAUUGGUAAGUCCAAUGCGUGAUCUGUAGACUCAGCCUCAUGCGGUUUAGGUGGGCUGUUUGAGGCUGAGUGCACUCCUUCUGAUGCUUUAAUUUCAUUUCUGCACACUCGCAUUGAUUCUCUUCAUCUGUUCGGUGUCCUCUCAGAUAAGAUUAGAUUAGAUUACUUACAGUGUGGAAACAGGCCCUUCGGCCCAACAAGUCCAAACCGACCCGCCAAAG